UGCUGUGACUGUCCUGCCUGGCUGCCCGGUGUCUGCUACGCUGCUCCCCGCUCUGCCCUGCUCCUUCCCUGGAUCCAAAGCCCGCCUCGGCUACCGAACUCCCAGUGAAUGCACUAGUCAGCAACCAUGACAGGCAUCGCCGCCGCGUCUUUCUUCUCCAACUCCUGCAGGUUCGGGGGUUGUGGGCUCCAGUUCGAGUCUCUGGCCGAGCUCAUCGUCCAUAUCGAGGACAAUCACAUCGACACAGAUCCUCGUGUUCUGGAGAAGCAGGAGCAACAACAGCCCACCUACCUGGCCCUGAGCUACAUCAACAGAUUCAUGACGGAUGCGGCGCGUCGGGAGCAGGAGACCUUGAAGAAGCGGGCCACGCCCAAACUUUCCCUGUCAAUCACAGGGGGUGUGUCUCGAAACAGCGUGGCCACGCCUCCACGCCACAGCAACGGCAACCUGACUCCUCCCGUGACUCCACCCAUCACACCCUCCUCCUCCUUCCGUAGCAGCACACCCACAGGCAGUGAGUAUGAUGAUGAGGAGGUGGACUAUGAGGAGUCAGACAGUGAUGAGUCCUGGACCACAGAGAGUGCCAUCAGCUCGGAGUCUAUCCUCAGCUCCAUGUGUAUGAAUGGAGGGGAGGAGAAACCCUUCGCCUGCCCUGUGCCUGGCUGCAAGAAGAGAUACAAGAAUGUGAACGGUAUUAAAUACCAUGCCAAGAACGGCCACCGGACACAGAUCCGUGUGCGGAAGCCCUUCAAGUGCCGCUGUGGGAAGAGCUACAAGACGUCCCAGGGCCUGAGACACCACACCAUCAACUUCCACCCGCCCGUCUCCGCCGACAUCAUCCGCAAGAUGCAGGGCUAGAGACGAUCGUCGUGACAACCCCUGGUCACCCCCCACCAUGUAUACCCCCCCAAACAUUACCCUAUUCCUCACCAGCACUACCCACCCAACCCAACCACCCCAAACCUUUUCAAAUCGUCAAUAUCCACCUCCCCUCUCCCAACCACCCAAAACAUACCCCUAAUCCUUCAGGCCCAACAUAGGGGUGACAACCCAAACCCCUAUCCCUUCUGGCCUAACAUAGGGGUGACAACCCAAACCAUACCCCUAUCCCUUCUGGUCCAACAUAGGGGUGACAACCCAAACCCCUAUCCCUUCUGGUCCAACAUAGGGGUGACAACCCAAACCAUACCCCUAUCCCUUCUGGCCCAACAUAGGGGUGACAACCCAAACCAUACCCCUAUCCCUUCUGGCCCAACAUAGGGGUGACAACCCAAACCCCUAUCCCUUCUGGUCCAACAUAGGGGUGACAACCCAAACCAUACCCCUAUCCCUUCUGGCCCAACAUAGGGGUGACAACCCAAACCCCUAUCCCUUCUGGCCCAACAUAGGGGUGACAACCCAAACCCCUAUCCCUUCUGGCCCAAUCUUAGGGGUGACAACCCAAACCCCUAUCCCUUCUGGCCCAACAUAGGGGUGACAACCCAAACCCCUAUCCCUUCUGGCCUAGUCUUAGGGGUGACAACCCAAACCCCUAUCCCUUCUGGUCCAACAUAGGGGUGACAACCCAAACCCCUAUCCCUUCUGGCCCAACAUAGGGGUGACAACCCAAACCCCUAUCCCUUCUGGCCCAAUCUUAGGGGUGACAACCCAAACCCCUAUCCCUUCUGGCCCAACAUAGGGGUGACAACCCAAACCCCUAUCCCUUCUGGCCCAAUCUUAGGGGUGACAACCCAAACCCCUAUCCCUUCUGGCCCAACAUAGGGGUGACAACCCAAACCCCUAUCCCUUCUGGCCCAACAUAGGGGUGACAACCCAAACCCCUAUCCCUUCUGGCCCAAUCUUAGGGGUGACAACCCAAACCCCUAUCCCUUCUGGCCCAAUCUUAGGGGUGACAACCCAAACCCCUAUCCCUUCUGGUCCAACAUAGGGGUGACAACCCAAACCCCUAUCCCUUCUGGUCCAACAUAGGGGUGACAACCCAAACCCCUAUCCCUUCUGGUCCAACAUAGGGGUGACAACCCAAACCCCUAUCCCUUCUGGUCCAACAUAGGGGUGACAACCCAAACCCCUAUCCCUUCUGGCCCAAUCUUAGGGGUGACAACCCAAACCCCUAUCCCUUCUGGCCCAAUCUUAGGGGUGACAACCCAAACCCCUAUCCCUUCUGGCCUAGUCUUAGGGGUGACAACCCAAACCCCUAUCCCUUCUGGUCCAACAUAGGGGUGACAACCCAAACCCCUAUCCCUUCUGGUCCAACAUAGGGGUGACAACCCAAACCCCUAUCCCUUCUGGUCCAACAUAGGGGUGACAACCCAAACCCCUAUCCCUUCUGGUCCAACAUACGGGUGACAACCCAAACCCCUAUCCCUUCUGGCCCAACAUAGGGGUGACAACCCAAACCCCUAUCCCUGCUGGUCCAACAUAGGGGUGACAACCCAAACCCCUAUCCCUUCUGGCCCAACAUAGGGGUGACAAC